AUUUCCCGUUGGUGGAGUAUCUCGAUGCCCUCGACAACGUGCUCCUACCCUUUCGCCUCACCCGUGAUCUAAGGCUCGAUCAAGACGCCCGCCGCCGAGCCCGAGAUCUCUUGGCCGAGCUGGGAUUGGCCGGUUACGAGCACCGCCGACCCGUCGAGCUCUCUCAAGGUGAGCGCCAACGCUUGGCCAUCGCCAGGGCGCUGGUCACCGAGCCCUCCCUAUUGCUGGCGGACGAGCCGACCGCCGGUCUCGAUCCUCAACGUUCUCAGCAAAUCCUGGAUCUGCUGGAAGCGGUCAGCUCCCUACGUCGGCUGACUCUGGUUCUGGUGAGCCACGAGCCGGCUGUGCUGGAACGAUUCAGUCGCCGGCUCGACGUUCAAGAGCUCACCACCAAGAGCCCGGAGUAG